CAGCUGAUCCAAAGGAGGAGUCAGACGAGUUUUGGCGGAAGUUUGAGCUUCAGUGUGAGAAAGAAGACGGACGGAUAGAGACGCAGAGGGCUUUAAGACCAGAUAAAAUACUCUACUUUGAGCUGACAAGACUUCUUACGACUAAAACGAAAUUAAGCACAAUAUGCCCAGCACACGCUCUCAUGGUCGGGCUCAGCCCACGCUGUCGUUCCCUCGUCGCAAAUCCUGCAGAGUUUCCUCGACAGCCAAGACGCCGCAGCUCGAAACAUCUCCAGCUCCUUCCCCGAAAAAGCCCGGACCCCAAGACCUCCGCCCGUCCCUGAUCAGACCGAUGUCCCCGAGGCGUCCUGCUCCCCGGCUCGCCCCGCUCUCCCCAAAACGACCAGUCGCCCAGCCGGCAUCCCCCAGUCUCCAGCCACGACUUCCACUCAGCCCCCGAAAACGCACAGGUGACGAUAACGGCUGCAACUUCGGCGCCGCCCUGCGGGGCUCACCGCCAAAGCAGAGCAAGCAGACUUCAGCUUCGCCCAGAAAGCUCAGCUUCGACGAGAACUCGCCGGUCUCAGCCCGCCGGCGGCUGGUCCCGUCUUUGUCACCACGGAAACCGCUCUCUCCCACCAUCGUAUCGUCUCCGAGGCGACAGGAAACACCCACUGGAAGUCCGGCUCGCCAACACUCGGAGAGGAAGCCAGCGGUCGCUCGGCUCUUUGCAGAAAAGUCGAGGUUCCUCAGCGUGAAGCAGGCGCUCCACACCGCCGUCCCCGAGCGGCUCCUCUCCCGGGAGACGGAGCGUGCGUCCAUUCGAUCUUUCCUGGAGGAGAAGGCUCUGCAGCGCCUCCCCGGCAGCCUCUACAUCUCCGGAGCUCCGGGCACCGGCAAGACGGCCUGCCUGAACUGUGUGCUGCAGGAGAUGAAGGCGGCGCUGUCGUCGGUGCAGAUGGUGGUGGUGAACUGCAUGAGCCUGCGGAGCUCUCACGCCAUCUUCCGGCUGCUGGCCGACAAGCUGAGCGCGCCCGGCGGGCAGAACGGGCUGCAGAGGUUCCUGACGGCCCCAGGGCCCGCUGUGCUGCUGGUUCUGGAUGAGAUGGACCAGCUGGACAGUAAAUCUCAGGACGUCCUCUACACCAUCUUCGAAUGGCCGUACCUCCCGGAGUCUCGCCUCUGCCUCGUCGGUAUCGCCAACGCUCUGGAUCUGACCGACCGCAUCCUGCCCAGACUGCAGGCUCGGCCUCGCUGUCGCCCCCUGCUGUUACACUUCCCUCCCUACAGCCGGCAGGAGCUCUCCGCCAUCGUACAGGACAGACUCUCCCAGGCGUCUGCUGACGGGGUCCUCGACGCCGCCGCGGUUCAGUUUUGCGCCAGAAAAGUGUCGGCGGUGUCGGGAGACGCCAGGAAAGCUCUGGACAUCUGCAGGAGAGCUGUCGAGGUUGUGGAGUCUGACGAGAGGAAGAAGGCGUCGGAUCCAACAGCUGAAAGUACAGAAAGUAAAGCGUCACGGGUCAGCCUUCCUCAGGUUGCGCGAGUGCUGUCGGAGGUUUACGGCGACAGAAUGUCGUCUCAGUGCGGCGGCGGCUCCGACGGAGAGAGUUUCCCCCUGCAGCAGAAGCUGCUGGUCUGCUGCCUGCUGCUGCUCAUACGCAGCGGAAAGAGCAAAGAGGUCGUCCUCGGGAAGCUCCAUGAGGUUUACAGUCGUCUGUGCGCCCGGCGGCAGGUGUCUGCGGUCGGUCAGGGAGAGUGUUUGUCUCUCUGCAGUCUGCUGGAGAGCCGAGGAGUCUUCGCUCUGAAGAAAGCCAAAGAGGCUCGUCUCACGAAGGUCUUUCUGAAGAUCGAGGAGAAGGACGUUGAACACGCUCUGAAGGAUCGGGCGCUGCUGGGAAGCAUCCUCGCUGCAGGACUCCCCUCGUGAUCUCAGAUUUAUUCUUUAUUCACAGAUUUUUUUUCUCAUUUUUGGCGAGUUUGUACAGUUUUUAUAAAAGUGUUCGUCGGGAUGUUGACGCUCAGAUUUUGUCAUGAAAUUCCUGCAUUUUGUUUGGAUAAGAAACGUUUUCCAUGUUUCUGCUGUAAAUAAACAAAUGUACAGAUGCUUUAA